AUGGACCUCGCGCAAUCCUCACAAGCGGUUUCAUCAGCUAUACCUAAAAAGGGGGAUCGGAUCUUACAAAAUGCCAUCGAUUCAUUCCGGACUGUUCUUACACCCGAGCAGCUUGCCGAGUUCGAGAAUAUUCAAUCCAUACCGGAUACAGACGCAGUUCUUGUAUUCACGGCCGAGCUAGAUCUUCGACGACAGAACCAGAGAGGCAAAAGUAUUGCCAGCCGUCUAUUUCCCGUCCUUCAAGCAGUGCACAGCUUUACAUCUGUUAUAGACACCUUUGUUUCAUCAAACCCGACUAUUGCAGCUCUUGUUUGGGGAAGCGUGAAAAUGACAAUGACGAUCAUGCUCAAUGUCGCGUCUUAUUAUGAAGCCUUUGUCGAGUUAUGUAUAGAGCUUGGCAGGAUAUGCCCUAGGUUCGAGCAAUAUCAGGCUCUGUUCCCCGCCUCAGAACGCCUACAGAAUGCCUUGUGCACUUUCAACGCCUCUAUCAUCCAGUGCUGUCAGCGGGUCAUCGCAAUGCCGAAAAGGUCGAGUGGGUGGACUUCGCCACUCAAUCCACUCAACCCGUCGUUCUGGCAGUCAUUUCAGCAGGUCUUUGAGGCUGACUUGCAAAAGCUCCGUGAUAACAGCAAUAAUGUCAACAAAGAGAUUAGACUUGCAGCAGACCAGUCCCAGCAUCGGAAUAACGAGCUUCAAAGGCUAGAGAAUGAACAAGCCGACCGGUCCAGGCGGUCUCUGAGUCGCUUUAUGUCCCGCACACGCGAUGAUUUCGACAGAAUGCACAGGUUACAGAUAAUGAAACAGGAGGAACUAGAGAAUUGUUUAUCUUCUUAUGAUUACAUCAAACCUCUGAAACAGGCCCGUCAGAAGCGAUACCCCAAAUCAGCAAAAUGGAUCUUUAGCACAAACCAGUUCAAACGUUGGUCAGAUGGGACUACAUCAGGGUUACUUUGGUGUUCUGGAAAAAUGGGGUCGGGAAAGUCAAUCAUCUGCUUGAUCCCACGACCUUCUGGCUAUACCCUUCUUGCUGCAUUCCUUCUUGCUAUGCCCCUUCUUGAAGCUUUCUUCAGUGCCAAAAGAGAGAAUCCUCAUCUGAAAGAGGAUGUUUUCUUUCAUCUUUGCACGAAGGAAUCUUUUGUGACUGCCCCCAUGUGGGUCUGGAUGCUCUUCUCUGGCGACUUCUCGGGUGGCUCCUCAACCCUAUGUGCGAGUGUAAUCGACUACCUUUUGACUGAAAGAUCUGACCCUCAGAGCCACGUAACGUUCUUUUUCUCACGCUUUGACGACUUAGAGUCGAUGAGAGCUGAAACUAUUCUACGAGCUCUAGUUAGGCAGUUGGUCACCGUCCAGGAUGUUUCAGGUCGCACCAAGCAGGUUUUGGAGACCAUACGAAAUGCCUCUGGAGAUAUCCUAUCGGAACUUUCUCGGCUACUGACACAUCUACUAUCAAGAAAAGGUCCACCAUCAUGGGUUGUAGUCGACGGCAUAGAUGAGUGCCAGAGAGAAGAGCGCCAAGUACUCAUGAAGGUAUGGAGAUCAAUGCUGGACGAUGGCGCCAACGUCAGGCUGUUUAUCACCAGCCGAGAUCAUACGAGCUCCAUAUUCAAGGGAGCUUCGGUCAAGAUACAGCAAAUUUCUAUGAAUUGCUCGCUUGCCCAGGAUGGCAUGGCGCAACUCGUUGACCAGGCUGUGCAAAAGUCUCUUGAUUCUGAAGAGCUACUGGUCAGCGAUCAGACACUCAUAUCCGAAAUCAAGAACACACUUGCGAAGCACGCCGAUGGCAUGCAUGUUUCCCAUAUCUUGCUACAGACGGUAGAAGCUAACUCAUGUAGGAUUCUUUGGGUGACUCUUAUCCUUAGACACCUCUGCAGCCAGCCAAACAACGAAAAGAUCCGCGAAGCGAUUGCUCUAAGAAAUCUACCCAAGAACCUGACGGGGAUCUUCGACCGAAUUCUAGAUCGUAUGAUAUCUGACGAGAAAGAUAGUAUCGUUCAAGCACUUCUUCCGUGGAUAGUCGCAGCAAAGCAGCCUCUAACGCUUUCACAACUGGAAGAAUGCUGCCUGAUUAGUCCACUCCAAGAAUACACUAUCCGAGAUCGAUAUGUAAAUCGAAUUCAUCUUAUCGAUACUUGGUUCCAGGGUCUCAUUGAAAUCGACUAUGAGACAAAGACAGUUCAUUUUAUCCAUGCCUGCGUUCAACAAUUCUUUCUCACGGCGCCCGAUAGACAGGCGUUGUCGAACUUCCAUGUUUGCAUCCAAGAUGCUGACCGCCACAUUGGAGACAUUUGCGUCACAUACUUGAACUUCAGUGAUUUCAAGACGACUUUAGCCCGAGUUCGUCCACCACUGCCACCGAUAGCCCCUGAUGAGAUCUGCCAGCAGGCCCUCAGUAAUGAGUGGAGUUGGCCGAGGUUCCUGAGACUCUCUCAGAGAAUUCACGGUCACAAGCGACUGGCUGCUAAUAUUGAUACAACUAUUGCUUCAUGUACAAGAGCGCCUGAUGCAACUGGUCAAGAAACAAUAAUUCUCAAUCACCCAUUUCUUGCGUAUGCAUCGGCCUAUUGGCUCUCACAUUCGGUUGACUUCGACCAGGAGCAUUGUCAAACAUGGAGUCUAUGGAAGAAUAUGCUGAUAUUUGGGCAUGAACUAGCUUCGUCGCCAGUCUCUGAAGAACAUCAUCGGACUAUCGAUAAAGGCCUUGUUCUUUGGGCUACUCAAAACAGGCACUCUGCACUUUUGCAUGUCCUCGCUUCAUCAACGGAGCUGAUUGAGGAAUAUCAACGGGCCCUUCUCAGUUAUGUGAUGAAAGAGAGUGAUUUAAAACUUCUGCGUCGCAUGUUGAAUACCAACAUUCCGACCUGGGAGCUCUAUUCACUAUGCUGCAGAGCGGCGCAUGAUGGCCAUCUCGAGAUCAUCAAGGCAUUAUGUGAAGAAGAAGUGAACAUUAAUGAAUAUGGAAGUCUCUCGAAGAAUGGCCAUAUCAAAGCUAGUCUGCCUCUCCUAGAGGCUGUUGAGAAAGGCCACAUCAAAGUUGUGGAGUAUCUUCUACAGAAGGGGGCAAACCCUAACUCGCCGGCUGGUUUAUACCAGAGUGCGCUGGAACCAGCGGCAGAAUUGGGCGGCUUGAAAGGUCUCCAGGCUUGCCGGUUGCUUAUCGAUGCCGGAGCAAAUGCGAGAAAUACUGACAUACUGCUGAGGUCUUGUGCUCGUGGCGACAAGGAAAUCAUAAAACUUCUCCUAAGCGCGGGCGCUGAUGUUAACGCCUCAUAUCUUGCGCCAGGAUGGAAACUCCUAUCCGAGGAAGGUGCCUUUAUAUACCAAGAAAACACGGCCCUACUAGAAGCUUUCUCCGUUGCUGAGCCAGAUGUUGACGUUAUUGAGCUUCUGAUUGGAGCUGGCGCGAGAAUAAACAUAGGAAGUCCACAGGACAGUGGCUACAGACUAUUACGAGAAGCGAUUAGAAGUCGUAAUUGUCAUUUGGUAAGAAUAUUGAUACGGGAAGGGGCAAAUCCUAAUGGGAGGCCUGGUCUGCAUUGUGAUGAUACUCCCUUGACGCUAGCAGCUAUUGAAGGCUCGUUUGAAAUUAUAGGCUAUCUGCUGCGUAAAGGUGCUCGGGUUAUUGAUUUGGACCUCACAACUACAAGAAUACCCGGUGAUUUGAAAAAUGGAAAGAACUAUGAGGAGCUGUUAGCUGCAUUAAGACAAGCAGACCGACAGUAG